AUGCACCGUGUGCUCGCCACCCAGACCGCCACGAACCCGAGCCACAAGCUGCAUCAGAGCCGGCCGCGCGAGGAAAGCAGGGACUCGAGUCACCAUGGCGGCGGCGGCGGCAGCAGCGGCAGCAGCAGCAGCAGCAGCAGCAAUGAGGGCGGCAGCUGGACCGGAGAGGACGAGGCCCGGUCCACGGUCCUGAACCGCGGGCUCGCGAUGGACAAGUAUAUACGCGGCUCGUGCCUGGGCAACGGCGGAUGGAGCUGGGUGUACAAGGUGCUGCGGGUGGCGGAUGGGCGCGUCUUGGCUGGCAAGGCGUCGGAGGCGGUGGCCAAGAUGAGAAAGGAAUCGGACAUCCUGCAGUCGCUGAAGCACCCUCAUAUUCUCAAGUUCAUCGACUGGCACGGGGAGCCGGGCAACGCGGCGGCAACGCUCCUCAUCACCGAGCUCUGCAGGCACGGGACGCUGCAGACGCGCAUCGACCACGCGUCGCCCAGCAUGGAUCGCGGGGAGAUUCUCCUGGCGGUGCGGCAAGUGGGCGACGCGCUGGCGUACCUGCACUCGCGACGACUCUUCCACACGGACGUCAAGGCGCGCAACAUACUGGUCCGAGGGCUGAGCCCGCUCGACGUGGUGCUGGCCGACUGCGGCGACGUGCGCAGGGUCCAAGAAGCACAGCACCAGCACCAGCACCAGCACCAGCACCAGCAACGGCGGCGUCGGCGAGGCGGAAGAAGCGCAAACGACACGCCGCUGGGCGGCACGCCGUCGUACUACUCGCCCGAGAUGGUGCGGCGCAACAGGCACGUCGGGCCGGGCGACGACGUGUGGGCGCUGGGCGUGACGCUGCUCGGAAUGGUGGCGCAAUGGCCUGUCCUGCGGCGACACGACAAGGAGGAGCUGAGGGCGUACCCGGGCCGGUGCGCGGCUCAUGCGCGCACGCUGCUGGCGCUGAACCCGCGGCACGACCUGGUGCUGCUGCUGGCGCGCAUGCUCGAGGGCGACGAGGGCGCGAGGGCGGCGGCGAGGGAGUGUGCCGACGUGGCUGGACGGUUGUUGCUGCUGGAGCGGGAGCGGGAGGCGGACGGGGAGUUGGGCAUUGAGUCGCCUGCCGACUUUCGACCGAUAUCCUUCUGGUAG